CCAGGACGUUGACGGAUACGGACGUGUUCUUGUGCUGCUGCUGCUCCUACCUCUACUACGGUGUGAAGGAAGGCCCGCGAAUCUCUUUUUUGUCCCGCUCUCUCUGUGUCUAGUUCGCUCGCGGGAUAGCUACUUUGGUCCCCGGUUCCCCGGUGUUUGAGGUGUUCGAGUCGUUGAGUGAAGCCGGUUCGGCCCAUUUGUAAGGUAGUAGGCAGGCGGCAGGUUUAGUAACGUGCUCUGUGACACAGUUCCUCGCGGAGGCGGUGUGGCGGCUGGUGGCAGCUACCUCUGUUCGAGCUGUCGCGACGGCGACCGGUUCUGAAGCUGUAAAAUACUCGAUUAGUUAUCGCACAUCUAUCUGCUUUUAACGGCGUGGUCGUUCAUUACCGCGAAAAAAAUGCACACCUGAAAAGUGUAGUUUUUUUUUGGGAAAUUGCUAAGCCACGCGCCUUGGCCUAGGGCCCUGCAAAGAGUCGAGAAGCUUGCAAGAAGAGAAGUGAGAGUGAGAAUGGUCUGUAAAGUGGAUUCGGAAAGGCGACGACACGGCGAAGCGCACUAAAAGGUGUAAUUCAAAAUUUAUUGAGUGUCAAUCGCAGUGAUCGAAGUCAGCGAGAAGUUCGUGGUCGUGGUCGCUUUAAGUGGCGUUCGGAAACGCGGUGCAAGCAGUGGUGACAGGCGGACUUUCGUUCGAGAAGGCAGAACGUUGUCUUUGUCGUCUUCGUGGGGCGAUUAAAUUUACAUAAUUGCCGCUGUUGUUGUUGUUAUACCGUUCGCGUUCCAGACGGCGAACGCGCGAGUGGGGCACGAGUGGACAAGCACCCCAUCCAGUGCAGUGUUCCGACGCAGGAGACAUUGCCGGCGGGCAAAGGGUUUCGGCGAAAAUCAUCGAGAGGAAAUUGAUAGAGUAACACGGCGUCCCACCCGUUACAGUGGCAGGACGAGAAGAAUUCAUUUGUAACAAAUUCGACAGUAGGUGGUUGAGAAAGCCACCGGUAAUUCAUUGAAUCACGCAAAAUUUCGCAACGAUGUCGCUGUGGAGGAGCGUCAACCAACUGCCGAAACACCUUCUCGAUCAGAUCCAGUACAUCUACGGCAACAGUUUUCCGAUUGAGGUGCGGCACUACCUGGCAGAAUGGCUCGAGGAACGAUUGCUCAACGCUCCGGUCUUCCAACACGAACAAGACAGCGCCUACGAGCAGGAGGCGGCCACCUUCCUCAACCAGCUAAUCAACGAACUUGACCGGACGGCCAUCAACCUGCCGGAAGACAACGUAACCGUUCGGAUCCGCCUCAACGAGUCGGCCCGCAACUUUCGGCAACUGUUCUCACACAACCCCGUCCAGUUGUAUUCACAUCUAAUCAACUGCCUCCAGCGGGAACGGCAGUGUGUAAUUUAUCCCGAAGAAUGCGGCAACGUGCAGGAUCCGGAAGUAGCAGAAGUCAUAAACGGACUGCAGCAGCUGCAGAUGUUGGUGCGGGCCAACGAAACUGACAACCGAAAUCUGGUCAAAGACUACGAGCACCUACUGCUCGAAGUGCACGAAAUUACCAAGAACAAAGCACAGCUGGAAACCACCGAAAACCUCCAGGUGCGAGAGCACGCCCGGGCCGCUCUGGCCCAGCAGGAACGUAACGUGAACGAAACGGUAACCCACAUCACCGGCAAGCGCCUGGCCCUGGUCGACAACUUCCGCAAAACCAUCCAGCUGACGUCACAGGUGCAAGAGAAAGUUCUCCACAAGUACCUGUCACAGUGGAAGAUCAACCAGGGUUUCGCCGGUAACGGCGCAUCCGGAAUGAGCGCUAGCAAUCUGGACACCAUCCAGGCGUGGUGCGAAAAUUUGGCCGAAAUCAUCUGGAACACAAAGGACCAGAUCCGAUUGGCGAUCAAAAACAAAUCCAAGCUCAACAUAGAGGAACCCAACUUGCUAGACUUGCUGCCGCAGGCCCACUCCGAUGUGACCAACCUGCUAAAAGCCCUCAUCACGACAACCUUCAUCAUCGAGAAGCAACCGCCGCAGGUAAUGAAGACUAAUACCAGGUUUGCGGCGACCGUCCGGCUGCUCAUUGGCAACACGCUCAAUAUCCGCAUGAGCAACCCGUUGGUUCGGGUUUCGAUUAUUUCAGAAGCACAAGCACAGGCCACGCAGCAGUCCAACAAAGCGUCGGAGCAGUCGUGUGGCGAAAUCAUGAAUAAUACAGGAAAUCUAGAGUACAACGAAACCACUAAGCAGUUAUCGGUUAGUUUUAGGAAUAUGCAACUUAAAAAAAUCAAGCGAGCGGAAAAGAAGGGCACGGAGAGCGUAAUGGAUGAGAAGUUUGCCCUGCUGUUCCAGUCCAGUUUUGCCGUUGGGCAUGGCGAUUUAGUCUUUUCGGUUUGGACGAUCUCACUUCCGGUGGUCGUGAUUGUGCACGGCAACCAGGAGCCCCAAUCGUGGGCCACCAUCACCUGGGACAACGCGUUCGCCGAUAUCAACCGGGUACCGUUCCACGUCCCAGAUAAAGUUUCCUGGAACCUGCUGGCCGAAGCCCUCAACACCAAAUUCCGCGCCUCGACGGGCCGCUCAAUGACACCGGAGAACAUGCACUUCCUGUGCGAGAAGGCAUUCCGCGCCAGCCUGCAGUACCCGGUUUCGAACGAUCUGACCAUCGCGUGGUCGCAGUUCUGCAAGGAACCGCUGCCCGACCGGACCUUCACCUUCUGGGAGUGGUUCUACGCGGCGAUGAAGGUCACGAGGGAGCACCUGCGCGGUCCGUGGAACGACGGCAGCAUCGUCGGGUUCAUCCACAAAUCCAAAGCCGAAGACUAUCUGCUCAAAUGCUCGCGAGGAACGUUCCUGCUGCGGUUUUCCGACAGUGAACUGGGUGGCAUCACAAUCGCCUGGGUCAACGAAAGCAACGAAGGCCAGCCGCAGAUCCUGCACAUCCAGCCGUUCACGGCGAAGGACUUCGCCACCCGUUCGCUCUCGGAUCGGAUUCGCGACUUCGAGGAUCUGUUCUACCUGUACCCGAACAAGCCGAAGAACGAAGCGUUCGAUCGGUACACCACCCCGCCCGGACAGCCCCGCAAUCGGAACUACAUCCCGUCGGAGGUGCGGGCCGUCCUCAUGCCGAGCAACAUCAACCCCACAUCAAGCUAUCCGAACACGCCCAACUCGUACGGGCAUCUGCAGUCGCCGGAUGCGUCGAGGGAUACCCCCACCAGCGGGAUCACCGAUGUCACGUUCCGGAGCGAUUCGGCGCGACCCACCCACUUCCCGGGAGCACGCUACGGUAUUAACAGAUACGCGUCCAGCUACGCCGGUAGCGACAUAAGCUCGCCGGCCGGCUCGGAAACCUCGCCAAUGGGGCCGCCUCCGACGCAUGAUUUCUCCAACCCCGCCAGCGUUGGCAGCCCGCCGCCGCAAGCCCUGCCGGCCUGUGUCGAACAGUUCAACAGCGCGGUCAGCCAUAAUUCCGCGGCCGACGUGACCAACGUAAGCGGAACCUUACCGGACGAGCUACUCCAACCGGGGGCCACCGGAUCGUUAACCCUGCGCACCUCCGCCAACGAGCAAAUCAUUCAGGGUUUGGUGGAGAAUUUGCUCUCCGACUAUCACGGUCAGGUGCUGGACGAUGUGUCCAUGGAUCAGCUGAACAACAAUAGCUUUUACGUUUCGCCGCAGCAGUACAACACUGGUAGCCCAAGUGCCGGAGGCGGGGCUACGGCGAAUGGAAAUUGAGGACGCAAGUGAGCAGACAUUUGGAACGUUAAUUUAUUGGCAGCAUUGUGAUAGAUCACAGGUCCGACACAACGGUUUACCACAUCCUCGCGAGGGACGUUGCAUCGUACUUUCUCUGAAGCAGACGCGAAAGCUGCGGAUGCAACCUAGUAACGGUAGCGUUAGAUUAGUUCGAUUGCAUCCAGUUCAUCAUAACUCUUUAUUGAUUCAAUUUUCAUCACUCUACUUUUUGACAUAAAUUCGAGUUACCGCUCAUGCCUUUUUGCUCAGAUUCAUACCUACUUACAGUUUAAUAAAGAUUAUAAAAGUUUUUGACAAUUAGUGUCGUUUUUUUACUGUUGCAUUUUUCAAUCUUUUCCAAUUUGUUAUCAAAUUUAGCUACGCUUAGUUUAGUAAUACAUUCAUAAUAAUCUGCUGAUACGGAAUGAUUAUAAAAGCGUGCUUAUGGUAA